CCAGACGAGAGGCCGUACCAGUAGAACACAAGAACCUACUAUUCGCCGACCGAGCCCAUGUGCUUCUGUCCGUAAUCGGAACUUCUGCUUUCCGACGUUCAUACCAAAACUACAGGGAAGUUUUCCAGCACAUUCGAGACCUGACAGCGUCGUACCGACCGGAUAAAUUCUGGUGGGGAUGGGUCAGGUAUAUGAGUGAGUCGGACGUGCGCCGAAGCGUGUGUCGACAUGCUGCAGUACUUGUGGUGGAAGGGUACGACUCGGUGCGGGUCGAGGAUAAGUAUGAGCUUCUUACUGAUGGUAUGUGUUUGUUUGGCGAGCUGUCUUGUCCGCUUUGCUCGGUGCUGACGAUGGAGAUGUUCUCGAGCACCUUGUCUCGUGUACACUUGAUAUGUUUGACCGUAAGAGCGACUACGAUUGUACGGAAGAUCUGUUCAACGUCGUGGUUUCGAAGAUUCCGUUACGCAUCAAGACACGGAGGUUUCGGGAUGUAAGCACGGAGACGCUCGAGACUCGCGUCGCUGCUGCUUGUGUUAAGUCACUCAUUACACAGGGCCUUGUCGGUAUUCUUGGUACCAAGAGCCCUCGGGACUUAGAUUUGCCAGCGAUACAGUCCAUACUUCCGCCAGCUACGCCUCACUCGUCGCUUCCACCGGCGCCUCAGCCUUUGCUUCUGCCAAAACAGCUCGCUCUUGACUCAGUGCGUGCAAGUCCGCUGUACAAGGAACUCGACCAACAGGUACAGGCCAUGAAGCGUCAGAUCGGGAUGCUCUGCGCAGAGACAGAGGGGCUACGCAAGAGAAGCAAGACAGACCAGGGUUACCUUCAACUUCCGUUUGAGCAGAAUCUCACACAACCUCAACAAGCAAUAAUGCCAAUUACAACUCAGUCACGCCGUCUCCACGUCCACCUCCAAGUCCAUCUCCCAGAAGAUCUAUCAGACCUUGAUCGGGCGGGUUCCAGCGGCUCCAGUCCCCUCAUACUACAUACGGAGAGUGAGCGACCUGCAAGCCAGACGGUGGUUGCGUGGGCAGGCGGUCAGGUCGUCACCAAGCAGCAAGCGCAACAAUAUCUGAACGAUCUGAAAUGUCCAUUAUGCAACAAUAUAUUCAAAACUCGAGGUGGUCUCAUGGCACAUGUCAAAGUCAAGGGAGAUGCUAACCACUCCACACCCCUGGCUGUCACUUGGAAGGCCGCCCUUCAAGAUGCCCUUGCACUACAAAAGCCCAGGACGAAGAUGGGAGUCUCGAAAUAGGCGGAUAUACAAGCUGCAGGUCUAUAGUUGUAGAAAGUGUCGAAUGUAACAGCAUUUUCAAUGUUGUUUGCAUCAUCGAGGUCUUGUUACAAGCAGUCGAGGCUAGGCUUGUUUGAUAAUAUUCGCAGGUGAUGUGAGACCUUCAACCAACACGGCUACUACCAAGAAACGUGCAGCUACAUCUGUCGCCGUGCUUUGUAACAUGUCCUCUCUACAAGAAACGAAUACUAUAUACAGCCUCUUCUGCCAUUUCUGGCGGAAAAACAUGUAGGGGGGUUGAUCUUCUCUAUCGGAGGCAGCAAUCUCGUUGCAUGGAGUAUGCAUCUGUUGCAAGAACAGCGCGUGGUGGGCCGACUAACCAUGUUACGUUGAUGCCUGAGGCAUUUCACAGGGCUUGGGCGAUGUUGCGGUCAAAUUUGUG